CAGCUGGUACGCCAUUGCAGUGAGUGACGUCAUACUCGUUAAACGUAAUUCACGUGACGGAGUGUAAGUUGUGGGAGCGGUUUUGUUGUUAUAGGCAAGAAAGUGUGUUUUCAAGAUGGAUUUGUCGUCGAAGUAUAACUCUGUGCUCUCUUCGUUGCCAGAUGAUAUCGAGAAAGGCGGAAUGUACGCUGCUACCAGCGUUCUUCAACAAAAAGCUAACGAAAUUCGAUCGCUAACUGUUAGCUGGCAGUCGUAUUUGCAAAUUCAGAUGAUCUCGGAAGACGAUUACAACCUGAUCGUAGAGUUCGAUUCCUCGCUGCCCGGGAAACGAGAGCAACUACUGAAAGAAAACCCAACUAAAUGCGUUCGGACAUUUCUUAAUUUGAUACAUCACAUAUCUAAAGAACAAACAUUACAGCGAGUUCUUGUUAUGAUCGACGAUAUGUUUCAAGAAGAUAAGUCUCGAGUCGAAAUAUUUAAGGAUUACGCAAAGCGUAAACACGAAUCCGUUUGGAAGAAUUUUACAAAUUUACUGAGCCGACAGGAUCCCUUUAUCACGAACAUGACCGGCAGAAUCAUAGCCAAAAUGGCCUGUUGGAGUCACGAGUUAAUGGACGGAUCGGAUCUUCACUUGUAUCUCACUUGGUUAAAGGAUCAGUUGCGAAUACCGGGAAACGAGUACAUACAGUCUGUUGCUCGCUGUCUGCAGAUGAUGCUUCGUAUAGACGAGUACAGGAUGAUUUUUGUCACCGUCGACGGAGUUUCCACCAUCGUGACGGUGCUGGCGGGCAAGGUGGAUUUCCAAAUUCAGUAUCAGCUGAUCUUUUGCCUUUGGGUGAUGACUUUUAACGGCUUCUUGGCCGAAAAAAUGUGUAAAUAUAAAGUAAUUCCGAUUCUGUCGGAUAUUCUCAGUGAGUCAGCCAAAGAAAAGGUAUGGAGAGUUAUUUUGGCCACUUUUCGUAAUUUGAUUGAAAAACCAGAUAAUUCUGAGAGCAGCAGAGAUAAUGCCAUUGCGAUGGUACAAUGUAAGGUGUUAAAACAAUUGGAAAUUUUACAAGGACGUAAGUGUGACGAUCCAGAUAUUGAAGAAGAUAUAAAAUUCUUAAAUGAAACCUUACAAGCUAGUGUGCAAGAUCUAAGUUCGUUUGAUGAGUAUUCGUCUGAAUUGAUGUCGACUCGCUUAGAAUGGAGUCCAGUUCAUAAUUCUGCCAAGUUUUGGAGAGAGAAUGCCUUCAGGUUGAAUGAGAAAAAUUACGAAUUGUUGAAGAUUCUUAUUCGACUUUUAGAAAUAAGCACGGAUCCUUUAGUAUUGAGUGUUGCUGCUCACGAUAUUGGAGAAUACGUUCGACAUUAUCCCCGUGGAAAGCAAGUGAUAGAAAAAUUGGGUGGAAAGCAAUUAGUUAUGCAGUUGUUAACGCAUACGGAUCCCAAUGUUCGAUAUCAAGCACUAUUGUGUGUGCAGAAAUUAAUGGUAUAUAACUGGGAGUAUCUUGGUCGGCAGCUUGAGAAGGAAACUACUGGUAUUUCCAAAGGUCCUGCUGCAUUUGCUGCUAAAGCUUGAUAUUAAUUAAUAAGUUAUUAAUAUAUGGGUUUAAAAAUAUUUUUGUUUUAAUUAAUAUUGAUGACUAAUUUCAAUGUUAAUAUCUUAAUUAAGAUUUAUUUUCAUUUAGGCAAACUGGAUAAAUAAAAUAAUUGUUGAAGAUAUAUGAGAAAAUAAUUUGUUUAAUUGUAAAUUUGAUAUACUGUAUUAAGUGAAUAUUAGAAUACAUUAUUAUGUGAAGUGAGAAUAAAAUUAUAAAUUGUAAA